AUGAUGGUUUCUCAUUUCAUAAAUUCCUUAGGCAGUGUGGAUCCCACCAUCAGCACCCAUGCACCCACAAAUGCCCACAACGGCCCAUCACCACCCCCCACCAACGGCAACGAGGAGCCACCAGCACUACUGAAUCUUCGUCUACUACCUUCAGAGUCACGCGGUCACAUAUUAGUCAUGUUUAGUCACAUUUUCCUGUUGAAGAUUCGCGUUCGAAGAGAUCAAGCUAACGAAGCUUUCUUAUAUUUUCCCAUUUUUCCAAAGGAACUUGUUCACUCCCUUCUGCGGCUUUCCGAGAAGGUUGAGACGUUCGUGCUCGUGGUCAUCCAGGGCAUGAGCGGACUCUCGCGUGAUCAGGCUUCUUCCUUCUCUCUAGACUCAGACCUGCAUUUAGGGUCAUCACACCAUUACUCAACCCUUACGUUUGACGUUCGCCAGACUUACUCGCCGUUGAACAGGGUUGCGCAAGCACCAGCACCACCCACUAACGUCGAUGACGGCCCACCAGCAGCAGCCACCGCCAUCCACGAGACGACCAGAACGACAUGUGGACGUGCUGCCUCAUCUGACGGUGACGACGCCCGACAUUGUUGCCAUCCACAUGAGGUGUCAUUUAUUCAUGCCCAGGAUGACGCAAACGACAACAACACGUCCACGGCCCAUCACCACCUCCCACGAGAACUCCCCACCACCCGACGGCACAACACCACAACACAAGACGACAACAGCACAACGAUGACAACGAUGCCGACGACACACCACGUCGACGACGAUACAACACAACAACACAAUGACGACGACCAACAUCACAAUGAUGACAACACAACACGACGCGACACGGAAAUGACUGCCCAUUUAUCAAUACAAUAUGCACAUGCCUAUAUAUGGCAAUAUGACAUCAUCAUGAUCACUUUGAUCCAACAAAGGCUUCGCAUACCCAAUUUCGUGGGGCUAUCUCCAAUGUCACACAUUUGUUUGGAAGUCCGGUCUCGUGACUGGAAAAAGACCGUAACCAGACCGGACCAAGACCGCAAAAGACCGGACCUGCGGUUACGGUCUUUUAUUUUUGAAAUGUAA